CGCUAAUGUUGUUCACGACACACACGUGGUUUGACGCCAGUCAAGGCGGGAUGGCAGGCUGUCGAACGCUCAGAAUAUUAUACUACAAGAGCUGUCUCUGGAAUGCCCGAUUAUUGUUAUGAUUCAAGUCGAGACCUUAUCGCUGGAUUUUCUGUCUAAUUUUCAUGCAGCUAGCUGUCAUUUUCUCCUUCACCGAUGUCGAGCAAUGGAGAAGCGCCCAUCUGCAAUUGCUGAUGACCUUCUCCUCUGCACACCGAAGCAUAUUUCUUGGAAACUGCGAUGCGGGGAGCGUUCUGACUUGUAACGUACAGUAUCGUCAAUUGAAUUGACAUUUAUUUCACGAGAAGUGAAGUGCCUACAAUCUAUUCUACCAACAUUUUUUUUUUUAAAUAGUCAAGACAGAGGCAGAUGCCCCUCGUUCUGUCACCCCGGCUACACUAUGGUGGAAUUUCCAUCUCUCAUUCCUUAUUGGCCUCUCAUCCGCUUUCUGGUGCCUUUGGCUAUUACCAAUGUAGCCAUCGACCUCGGCGAACAGGCUCUUAACCGGGGUUUAGCAGGCUUUAAAGAGGAUGCAGUUGAGAUGCUAGCCAGCUACGGGCUGGCUUAUUCGCUAAUGAAGUUCUUCACUGGGCCCAUGAGUGACUUCAAGAACGUGGGCCUGGUGUUUGUCAACAGCAAGAGGGACAGGGCCAAGGCUGUGCUUUGCAUGGCGGUAGCAGGCACAAUAGCAUUCAUCCUUCAUGUUCUCAUAGCCCAUACAGACUUAGGCUACUACAUCAUCAAUAAGCUCCACCAUGUGGACGACUCCGUGGGCAACAAGACCAGGAGGGCUUUCCUCUACCUGGCAGCUUUCCCUCUGCUGGACGCCAUGGCUUGGAUCCAUGCUGGAAUUCUCCUUAAGCACAAAUACAGCGUCAUCGUAGGCUCUGCCUCCAUCUCUGAUGUUAUCGCUCAGAUUGUGUUUGUGUCCAUCCUGCUGCACAGUAACCUGCCGUGUGUGGAGCCCCUGCUCAUCCCCAUCCUCUCCCUGUACAUGGGAGCCCUGGUGCGCUUCACCAUCGUGGGCCUAGGCUACUACUACAACAUCCACGACAAGAUCCCGGACUCCAGUGGACUUGACGUGGGGGGAGAUGCUACCAUCAGGAAGAUGUUGAGUUUCUGGUGGCCUCUGGCCCUCAUCCUGGCUACCCAGCGGAUCAGCAGGCCCAUUGUCAACCUCUUUGUGUCCCGGGACCUCAAGGGGAGCAGCGCAGCUACUGAGGCAGUGGCUGUGCUCACUGCCACCUACCCUGUGGGUCACAUGCCCUAUGGCUGGCUGACUGAACUGAGGGCUGUCUAUCCCGCUUUCGACAAGACCAAUCCCAGCAAUAAGCUCAUAUCCGGCACACCGGUCACAAAGACUCAUAUCAAAAAGUUUACAGCCUGCUGUUUGGUGCUAUCGCUCACGCUCUGCUUUGUGGUGUUCUGGACCCCUCACAUCUCUGAGAAGAUUCUAGUGAAUGUGAUUGGUGUGGACCUUGCUUUCGCUGAGCUCUGUGUGGUUCCACUAAGGAUUUUCUCCUUCUUCCCUCUGCCAGUGACAGUCCGGGCCCACCUGACUGGCUGGCUCAUGACCCUGAAGAAGACCUUUGUGCUGGCCCCCAGCUCUGUGCUCCGCAUCAUCGUCCUCAUCACAAGCCUGGUCGUGCUGCCUUAUAUGGGCGCGCACCGACCUGACGCACAUAAACGCCUCUAGAACUGACAGACCCAGCAUGCCAAAGCGUCAUCAACUACAGAAACCAAUUUGCAUAACAUUGUGUGAUAUGCUGAGAGUGACGAAAUCAGCUUCUAUCUCCAGGCUAUCAGACUGUUAAACAAACAGUCACCACUAGCCGGCCUCCGCCCAGUGCUCUGCACCUUAGAGACUCCUGUACAUAGUCAUUGAACACUGGUCAGUUUAAUAAUGUUUACAUAGUGCUUUACCCACUGUGUGUGUGUAUAUAUACUAGAGGUCGACCGAUUAAUCGGAAUGGCCGAUUAAUUAGGGCCGAUUUCAAAUCGGUAUUUUUGGACACAGAUUUUUUUUAAAUACGUUUAUUUAAUCUUUAUUUAACUAGGCAAGUAAGUCAGUUAAGAACACAUUCUUAUUUUCAAUGACGACCUAGGAACGGUGGGUUAACUGCCUCAUUCAGGGACAGAACGACAGAUUUUUACCUUGUCAGCUCGAGGGGUAUCAAUCUUGCAACCUUACAGUUAACUAGUCCACCAAUGCUCUAACCACCUGAUUACAUUGCACCCCACGAGGAAGCCUGCCUGUUACGGGAAUGCAGUAAGCCAAGGUAAGUUGCUAGCUAGCAUUAAACUUAUCUUAUAAAAAACAAUCAAUCAUAAUCACUAGUUAACUACACAUGGUUGAUGAUAUUACUAGUUUAUCUAGCGUGUCCUGCGUUGCAUAUAAUCGAUGCGGUGCGUAUCGUUGCUCCAAUGUGUACCUAACCAUAAACAUCAAUGCCUUUCUUAAAAUCAAUACACAGAAGUAUAUAUUUUUAAACCUGCAUAUUUACCUAAAAGAAAUCCAGGUUAGCAGGCAAUAUUAACUAGGGGAAAUUGUGUCACUUCUCUUUUGGGCCACCUAAUUUGCCAGAAUUUUACAUAAUUAUGACAUAACAUUGAAGGUUGUAACAUGUAACAGGAAUAUUUAGACUUAUGGAUGCCACCCGUUAGAUAAAAUACGGAACGGUUCCAUAUUUCACUGAAAGAAUAAACGUCUUGUUUUCGAGAUGAUAGUUUCCGGAUUCGACCAUAUUAAUGACCUAAGGCUCGUAUUUCUGUGUGUUGUUUAGUUUAUUAAUUCGACCAUUUAAAAAAACAAGCACACAUAAAACUUAAAAGCCAUACAUGCACAUGAAUAAAAUCAUCGAGGAUAACACACAAUAAAGUCUGGGACUUAUUUCCAUUGUGGUCCUCUUGAGACAAGAAGGCUAUACAAGAUCGAACACAGUACGGCAGUGAAAUAAUAAAACAAAAACAUAAAAGAAGAACAUCUCUCUCAUCAUUCCAGUUACAUCAUAAGGGUUAUUCAUAUGGCACAGAGGACAUCAAACAUAUUUUGACUUUAUUUUUAAAGCUGUCCAGAGAGGACAUUGUUUUAAUAGGCAGAGGCAACUCAUUCCAUUCUGAGGCUCCAGUAUACAAGAAAGUACCUUUCCCAGCAUUACUCCUGAACCUGUAUAAGCACACAUCAGCAACACCUGAUCUGGUGCUGUGAUCGUGUUAGGGAUGCACACAAUGAAAGUAAUCACUUAAAUAUCUGGGCGCAGGACCAUAAAUACUCCUGUAAACCAAACCUAGUCUAAUCUGGGAAAAGCAGCUCCUGCCUAUGUGAGUAUGUGGACUCACCUUCAAAACUACCCUGAUCAACUUAUUCUGGGCUAUCUGGAGCUUCCCCUUCAUAAGUUUAGAUAAGCCCCCAAACCAGGAAGUACUAGCAUAGUCAAAAUGGCAUUGAAAGAUGGCAGUAGCUAGCACUUUCAUGGAGUCCUUAUCAAGCAGCUUGGACUUUCUAGCCAAAAACGUAAUCCUGGCAUUAACCUUCCAUAGCACCUUAUUGGCCAUGCUCACACCUCCCAAGCAUCCAUCAAGGAUACAUCCCAAGUAGCUAACAGAGGUUUUAGUAGUCAGCACCUCACCCCCUAACUCCACUCUGAUUUCAGACAACCUACACAAUUUAGGCCUGGAUCCAAAAAGAAUUGCUUCAGUUUUCCCUAAGUGCAGAGAUAAGUUAUCUCCAAGCCAUUUGCUAAUGUUAGUAAGCUCUGUACUAAGUAUGCUCUCCAACAUAGUUUUGCUUUUGUGAGACACCAGAAGUGUAGAGUCAUCCGCAUAAAGAAAAAUACGGCAAGAACAACAUCUUUCAUAUCAUUAAUAUACAAUAAAAACAGCAGAGGCCCAAGCACGCUCCCCUGCGGAACGCCACAACUCAUUGGUUUUGCCUGAGACAGUGAACCAUUUACCUCUACUACUUGCUCCCUUCCUGAUAAAUAGGACUUUACCCAGCCUAGAGGGAUACAGCUUAACCCCAGUGACUAAAGUUUGGAGAUUAGGAGACAGUGGUUAACUGUAUCAAAGGCCUUCUGUAGGUCAAGCAGUACCAUUCCACACAGAUUUCCCUCAUCAAUCUCCUUCCUGAUGAAGUCAGUCAAGUAAAGUAGACAUGAAUCAGUGGAGUAUGUUUUUCUAAAACCCGACUGAAAAUCAUACAUUAGACCCUGUUUGUUAACAUAUUCAUACAUUUGCUCAUGUACAAUUCUCUCCAGGAUCUUUGAUGUUACACAGAUGAUAGAUACAGGCCUAUAAUUCCCAGGGUCAGACUUUAUCCCCUUCUUAUACAGAGGUAUAACUUUAGCUUGUUUCAUGUCCCUGGGUAAGGUGCCUUGUUCAAGAGAGAGAUUAACAAUAUGCGUAAUACAAGGGCCAAUUUGCUCAGCAGAAUCUAUUAGAAACCUUGCAGGAAUAUUAUCCAGGCCUGUGGCUUUGGAGCAUUUAAGCUCUGCCAGCAUACUGACUAUUUUGGCUGUUGCUACCUUUGCAAAAGAAAAAGAGUUUUGCUGAACCCCUAACUCUACAUAAUACUUCUUGACUUGGUUGCUUCCAUACAAACCAGAACUGGUGGGCAGCUUGCUAACCAGCUUGCUGGCAACAGAAGUAAAAAAAGAGUUGAAUUCAUUGGCAACCUCAGCCUUUUCAUAUACCAUCUCCCCUUUGAUGUUCAGUCCAAUACUGUUUAGUUUGUUUUUGGUAGUACUACUACAGCCUAGUUCCUUAAAUUAUUUCCAAAGCUUUUUAGGGUCAUUUUUGUUUUCCAUUAUUUUCUCAGCAAAUAAUGUUUGCUAUGUUAUAACUAAGUCUGUGAUUUGAUAGAGCAGUCUGACUGAGCGAUGGUAGGCAGCAACAGGCUCGUAAGCAUUCAUUCAAACAGCACUUUCGUGCGUUUUGCUUCAAGCAUUGCGCUGUUUAUGACUUCAAGCCUAUCAACUCCCGAGAUUAGGCUGGUGUAACCGAUGUGAGAUGGCUAGCUAGUUAGCGGGGUGCGUGCUAAUAGCAUUUCAAACGUCACUCGCUCUGAGAUGGAGUGGUUGUUCCCCUUGCUCUGCAUGGGUAACGCUGCUUCGAGGGUGGCUGUGUUCCUGGUUCGAGCCCAGGUAGGAGUGAGGAGAGGGACGGAAGCUAUACUGUUACACUGGCAAUACUAAAGUGCCUAUAAGAACAUCCAAUAGUCAAAGGUUGAUGAAAUACAAAUGGUAUAGAGAAAAAGAGUCCUAUAAUUCCUAUAAUAACUACAACCUAAAACGUCUUACCUGGGAAUAUUGAAGACUCAUGUUAAAAGGAACCACCAGCUUUCAUAUGUUCUGAGCAAGGAACUUAAACGUUAGCUUUCUUACAUGGCACAUAUUGCACUUUUACUUUCUUCUCCAACACUUUGUUCUUGCAUUAUUUAAACCAAAUUGAACAUGGUUCAUUAUUUAUUUUAUGUAUUAUAUUAAGUUAAAAUAAGUGUUCAUUCAGUAUUGUUGUAAUUGUCAUUAUUACAAAUACAUUUUAUUUUAAAAUCGGCCAAUUAAUCGGUAUCGGCUUUUUUUGGUCCUCCAAUAAUCGGUAUCGGCGUUGAAAAAUCACAAUCGGCUGACCUCUAAUAUAUACACACAAUUUAUAUUCUGGUCUGACAUUGAUUGUUUUGAUAUUUCUUAAUAAAAAAUUUUAUGGAUUAUGUGUGUAAUGUUUAUUUUUGUGUUGUACUGCACUGUUGGCGCUAGAAACAAGCAUUUCGCUGCACCUACGACAACAUCCUCAAAUCGAACAAUAAACUUUGAUUUGACACAUUACAAUAUGAUUUAUGUCCAAUUCUAAAACUGAAUAUCUAAAGAUGGUCUAUUUGAAUUCAGCAAACUUUGUUUAUUGCUUAGUGUGAAAUUUUGAUUGGACUCCAAUCUGACACGGAGUUGAGGAGCUGCUCUCUGUUUCAUGAUAAGCAAACAUGAAUAGAAAUGUAAUCAGGAAUAUGUAAAUUGUUACUGUUCACCACAUCACCUACCAUCAAAUGCAGACUUUGCAAAUUCAGUGUGAGGGUAUGAGUUGAUGGGUUCUCUGCGGUUUUAUAUUUAACCAAUAGCCUCAUUAAAUCUUUAGACCGGUUCUUUGUGCAUGGUUUUGAAUUAAACAUAAGGUAGCAUAAUAUACAGUACCAGUGAAAAGUUUGGACACCUACUCAUUCCAGGGUUUCCUUAUUUUUUACUCUUUUCUAGAUUGUAGAAUAAUAGUGGAGACAAACUAUGAAAUAACACAUAUGGAAUUAUGUAGUAACCAAAAAAGUGUUAAAUCAAAAUAUUUGAGAUUCCUCAAAGUAGCAACCCUUUGCCUUGAUCACAGCUUUGCACACUCUUGGCAUUCUCUCAUCCAGUUUCAUGAGGAAUGCUUUUCCAACAGUCUUGAAGGAGUUCCCACAUGCUGAGCACUUGUUGGCUGCUUUUCCUUCACUCUGCAGUCCAACUCAUCCCAAACCAUCUCAAUUGGGUUGAGGUCAGGUGAUUGUGGAGGCCAGGUCAUCUUAUGCAGCACUCCACUCUCCUUGUUCAAAUAGCCCUCACAUAGACUGGAGGUGUGUUUGGAGGGUCAUUGUUCUGUUGAAAAACAAAUGAUAGUCCUACUAAGCGCAAACCAGAUGGGAUGGCGUAUUGCUGCAGAAUGCUUUCGUAGCCAUGCUGGUUAAAUGUGCCACCAGCAAAGCACCCCCACACAAUCACACCUCCAUGCUUCAUGGUGGGAGCCACACAUGCAGAGAUCAUCCGUUCACCUACUCUGCGUCUCACAAAGACACAGCGGUUGAAACCUUGGUAGGCCGUCAUUGUAAAUAAGAAUUUGUUCUUGUCUGACUUGCCUAGUUAAAUAAAUAUUAAAAACUAAAUCUCAAAUUUGGACUCGUCAAACCAAAGGACAGAUUUCCACCGGUCUAAUGUCCAUUCUUCUUAUUGGUGUCCUUUAGUAGUGGUUUCUUUGCAGCAAUUCGACCAUGGCGGCCUGAUUCACUCUGUCUCCUGUGAACAGUUGAUGUUGAGAUGUCUUACCUGAACUCUGAAGCAUUUAUUUGGGUUGCAAUUUGAGGUGCAGUUAACUCCAAUGAACUUAUCCUCUGCAGCAGAGGUAACUCUGGGUCUUCCUUUCCUGUGUCGGUCCUCAUGAGAGACCGUUUUAUCAUAGCGCUUGAUAGUUUUUGCUCGUGCACUUGAAGAAACUUUCAAAGUUCUUAAUUUUCCGUAUUGACUGACCUUCAUGUCUUACAGUAAUAGACUGUCGUUUCUCUUUGCUUAUUUGAGCUGUUCUUGCCAUAAUAUGGACUUGGUCUUUUACCAAAUAGGGUUAUCUUCAGUAUACCACCCAUACCUUGUCACAACAACUGUUUUGGCUCAAACACGUUAAGAAAUUCCACAAAUUAACUUUUAAGGCACACCUGUUAAUUGAAAUGCAUUUCAGGUGACUACCUCAUGAAGCUGGUUGAGAGAAUGCCAAGAGUGUGCAAAGCUGUCAAGGCAAAGGCUGGCUAUUUUGAAGAAUCUCAAAUAACAUAUUUUGAUUUGUUUAACACUUGUUACUAUGUGUUCUUUCAUAGUUUGUCUUCACUAUUAUUCUACAAUGUAGAAAUAAACAUAAAGAAAAACCCUUGAAUGAGUAGGUGUGUCCAAACUUUUGGACUGGUACCGAGUUAAUAAAACAUGUAUCUAUGUGCUAUGCUCAAAGCGAGUGUUUUUGUUGCACAAGAAUUUGACUCAUCGACAAUACUAGCUGCCCUUUUACCCUACCUUAUCUGUAAAUGCAAGUGAAUGUGUCACUGCCAUUUCUGUCUGAACCACAUGCGACAAAGCGGUGUCACUUCAAGAUGGUCAUUUCACUGUGGGCAAAUGGUAUCUGAGCAUAAAUCACUAUAAAAGACUGACCAUAUUAGAGAGGACUUCCAUCGCUUAGCAACGCCUCUCAUCCGGACUGACAAGCCGAAGCCAGUACAUCAGACCUGCUGCUAUACUUUCUUUACCCCAGAAAAAAACAUCCGUGUUUGCUAGACGCCAGGCUAUUUCACAACAAGACAUCUAGGAUGACUUGCAUUCUUCCAGAACUAAUUCGCACAUUUUUCACUUGCCACACACUAAAUGGCCAUUUUGCUUUAGUUUCUUUGGAGGAAGGGUGAAAUGGGCUUAUUUUAGUCUAUACGGCCCCCCAAAAUGUAUCCCAAUAGGGUAAGUCUGUACCACAUAGGCCUACGGUAUAUCCUGUAUUCUGAGCUCUACUGUCAGUUGUUCCAGUGUUAAUGAAAGCUGGGGUUUGUCUUUCAGUGUCCACGGGGCCACACUGGGGGUUGGGUCCCUGUUGGCUGGUUUCAUAGGGGAGUCUACCAUGGUGGCCAUUGCUGCCUGCUAUGUCUAUCGAAAACAG